CCCCCGGCGGUACCUAUUCGGCUAGUUGAUAGAGGGCGGCCCAUGUGGUCUAUCUUCCUCGGAUGUGAGCCACGUUGUCAAUGGGGACUCUGAGAUGUGGGUAACGUGGCCUAUUGGGCGCUCACACAGCCCCACGCAGCGCAGCUAUAGUGAGGUACGUCAGAUGGCACGUCCCCAACCCUCUUUAGGUAUCCUUCAUCGCAAGGGACACAUCCAAGUCUCAGGCGGGAGUGCGGACUUUGGAAGCGCGCCGCGCUUUGCCCUUCCCCGAUUGAGCGCUUGCUGUGUCAGAGCUUUUGUCCUGUCAUACCACGCGAUCCCAGUGCUCAACAGCGACGCCGAGGUGAAUGAAAUGAAGAGGUAUAGGUGCAGUACAGGAACAGAGGAAGAGGCGCAGGAACAGAGGUCAGCAGGCCUUAGCACCGCUCAAGGGAUGGGAUCCCUUUGUGGGCGGGUGCGGGACGCUGAGAAUAAAAGUAGUGACCGUGUGCCUUGUCAGGCCGGGAAAAAGAAGCAGAGCGUCCCGGGGUUAUUCGGCUUGUUCCAUGCCAGAGUACCUGGAUCGCGUGAUUAGCAAGGCGUGGGAGCGCGGGACAAAGGAAGAGUACGCCCACACCCACAAUCCUCACCCACACCCACGCCCCACGGCAUGAUCACCCUUGGCGUGCAUGC